CUGAAGGUAUACCGUAACCUUAAACCAAUCAGCCUGUUCGUAUGAAUGGACCAAUCAGCAAGGGUGUUAGUUCAACGUUGCCAAGGGUAUUCUCCCGCCGUAUCGGUAAAGAUUGACGAAGGCAGAAGUCGGCGGAGACACAUUACUGUUCUCUUGAGACAUGGUUCGGCAGCUGAAAGACGUGCUGGGCGGAAAAGCGAGAGUUAGAAAAAAAAAACAGCGACGAAACGACUUGCUGUGAUGACAACGCGCGAAAGCAGAUCCUCGCGUGUGAGCGAGGCUACGCCGGGCCGAGGCUUACAAUAGACCAAUUUCGAUCUAUUAAAAUUCAGCCUAACACAAUAGACCUCAGCACGAGGCUCUGGGGAAUUAACCCCACAAACUCUGUAGUUAUUCCUCGGAGCCUCGUACUGAAGUCUACUGUUUUAGCCUGGAGUUUAAUAUAUCGAAAUUGGUCUAUUCAAUCGGUGUGGUGGAGAUGGUGGACCGUUGUGGCAUUCAGGUUGGAUGGAUAAGUGUCAAUUCAGCGACCACGACGAGUGACUUCAGAGGGUUUUUAAAGGCAGUAGAUGUAUGGAUAGAAAGACCGCAGGUUGUGAAUCGUCGACUCAUGGGUGCGCUUAUCGUUCAGAGGACUUCAGUUGAAUAUUUGACCAGUAAAGAUCUUGAGAGAUCAGUGAAAUUGCUGUUUGAUGAUCAAGGCAAAUAUCUAUUUCAAGGAAAUGGUAAUAAGGAACUUGAGACAACAAAACAUGACGACAUCUCUGUGAUCACCAAAUCUGAUGCUGAAGAAGCUAAUGCACUCGAAAGCUGUGGAAAGGAAAACCAAUCAGGUGCACGUGUAUGUGAGGAAGACAGAAGUACUGUUAUUGUUCGUAAGUUACUGCCCAAACAAAUAGACAGAAAAGAUGCCAUUUUCGAAUUGGUGAUUCUAGAAAGAAGCCAAAAAAGAGUUUACUUUUUUCCUCUUUCACUUAUGGCCUUUGAGAAAGAUGGGCUCAAAAGCUUGAAUGAGUCGAUGUCAUAUUGUCUACUGUAUCAACUGGUUUCUCAUAAGGAACAGGCUGCAAGAGUUGUAUUACAACUAAAGGACAGUGCAACAGUGACAUCUACUGAAAGUGAGAGGGAUGGCAUUUUAUGUCCUACAGUUCAAUGGCUGCAAGCUCACUUACUUCCUAAACUGUGUAAGUGGGCAGAGGAGAUUCAAACUAAUGACCAAGAUAGAAAAGGAUCUCUGAGACUAGUUCCUUUGGAUCAGUACACACUGCUUUAUCAUAGACUGAAGCAAGAUUAUGGAGAAAAGCUUGUGAAGCACCCAGGUACAGGCAUUGAUGUGCGUCGCCGCAAAAUCUGGGAUCUGUAUGGUGGAAAUACCAGUCUUCAGGAAAUGGCCAUAGACCCCACAAUAUCAGGUCUAUUUCCUGACAUUGAUUGGCUGAUUGGAAAUCAUUCUGAUGAGCUAACCCCUUGGAUACCAGUAAUGGCAGCUAGGUAUGUCAACACUGUGUCGACUUAUCUUGUUAGAUUUAUUUUCAAUUGUCCUAUUUUUAAUUUUAAGUUUAUCAGAAAAAACAGUAAGGUGACCCAGUAUAGAGGAUACCUGGAUUUUGUGCACGAAGUGGGAGAAACAUGUGGCUUUCAGGUAGAAGAGGACUCUCUGAGGAUUCCAUCAACCAAAAGGAUCUGUCAGAUGGGAAGGCUUAGGACAUUUCCUGAGGAGAAUGCCGAAGCAAGGGAGAGACUAAUAAAGGGAAUGAUACUAAGAAGAGGUUGUGAUAUUGCUGGCGGAAAUGUACCUGAGACGUUAAUAAAGGAAAGGGACAAUCCUAAUUUGCAAACGCCAUUUAACAGAAUUGGCAAACAAUCUGUGGAAGAAAGUGGUUUGCUUGAACAACAUCAUCUUACAUCUAGUGACCACAAGGAGAGGAACAGCAUUGAUAUUCAUGAAGAUGAGCUUCAGCAACACAGAAGCGUCAAUGAUGACAAUUUGAGUUGUAAGACUGGGUGUUAUUCAAAUACUUGUCCUUCUCAAGUAUCAUCCUCCACUUUCCAGCCUCGUCCAUCUAAGGAAUCAAUGAGAAACUGUACAGCCUUGGAUAGAUCACUGAAAGACCUUAUUGUCAAUACUGUGGCAAGAAAAUUAUUGGACUUGCCUCUUAAAAGUGACAAGUCAGCAAACAUUUCACACACUACUUUAGAGGUAGACAAAUGGACUCCAAGUUCUGCAGCUUGUGCUUCCAAAUGGCGAAAAGGAGGUGAACUGCAACUUUCUGAAGUAGCAAUGUUGUUUGGAGGAAGUACUUUGCUUCAACUCAAGAAUGAAUGUGGCGGACUUCAGACUCUACUGCGUAACCAUUAUUACAUCUUCAAAGGUUCGUUAAACUUUUUCUUACAAUUAUACAUUGAAUACAUGUGACCCUGAAAGGCAAAACGGACACUAAUGGUUAUCCGUUCCAAAAGGUUAACCACUCGUUAUCCAUUUGUUACCGGUUCGAAUGUUUUGCGUAUCCAUUCGAACGGUUCUGACGUCCAUUCAAAGUUAAUUGCAACAUCCGUUCGAACGGUUCUCGCAUCCGUUCAAAUGGGUCUGACGUCCGUUUGUACAGUUAUUGCAUCUGUUCGCCAACUAGAAUGUCCGUUCAAAGAAUUGCAACAACCGUUCGAACGGUUUCAACAUCCAUUCUCAAUGUAUCCAUUCAAAAGGAGAAAUUAAAUUGCAGUCAAUAUCAAAUUUUUUUCAAUAUUAUGUAUUGACUAGGUAAGCUCUUGCCAAAGAGUCUAUUUUAGUCAAGAAAACAAUUACUAAACAAAAAUUUGGUGCUUAUUAGCAGGGAAAAGAUCACAGCUGUUGUUAGUUACAUGCACAGCCAUGCGUGUGACUGCAGUACUGUUGUCAUUUUGCCAUGAUGGCAACAGUUCUUAUGACAAUCAAUGUUGUUACAGAUCAUUCAACACGACAAUUCUAAAAUGGCUGAGCUUGAAAUUGACAACUCUGAUCAGAUUGUACAAAAGGUGAAGAAAUUCAUGCAGGAAACUUGCAGUUGUGCUCUUGGUUUAAAUGGUCGCCCAUGUUCCGAUCAAGUUACAGAGGAGACGGUUCUUUACAAUUUGAAUAACUGCCUUGAGCUUUCUAGCACGGAACUCGACCUUAUCAUCCUGGCAAAUAUUCAAGUAUUCACAAAGAGAGAAAAGGUUGGCAACAAAAGAAGCAGGAGUCCUCAGUGUAGUUUUAUUUACCAAACGAGCCCCGUUUGCAAGGAGAUGUUCUUACACUUGUACAGAAUUGGUUAUUCCAGGUUUGAAGAUUAAAAGAACAUUAUCAGGAGCACGAAAUUUUCCCAACAAUUCACAGAAACACCAAACGUGUGCCAGGAAAUGCAAUGUCUGAAAAAUCUCUCGAAGCAAUCCAUGCACUUAUUGAAAAUUGUGUGGAAGAAAAUGCCAUUGUGCUCCCUAGCUAGCAGGAUUCCUGGAUUUAAAAAUGAAGAAAUCAGACUCUUAUCUUCGUCGGAGACAAAAAUGAGCAUGUGGAAAGAGUACGAAGGAACUUGCAAGACCUCAAAUGAGAAAGCCGUAAGUUACAGGAAAUUCUUGCAGCUGUGGGAUGAGUUUUAUCCUGAUGUGGCAGUCGCUAAACCUAUGACGGAUCUUUGUUUAAAGCUUGUCAACAAAACACCACAAAACUACAGCGAGCUGCCCACCUCUCGGAUGAAAAAAAUCAGAGUGUGUAAAGGUUCACCAGGAACACUUGAACACUGCGCAAACUGAAAGAGAAUUCUACAGAAAUUCGUGUAACGACUGCGAAAAAAAUUCUUCAAACACUUGAAACUGACACUUUGCUUAACUGUGAAACCCGCAGACCCUGUUCUUUAAAUGCAACAAUACAUUACUCCUUUGACUUUGCACAGCAAAUACACGUACCAAGCAAUCCUCUACAACUGGGACCGAUAUAUUUGAAGACUCUGCCAAAAUGUGGAAUUUUUGGAGUUAUGUGCGUAGCGAUUCCUCGCCAAGUUAACUUUUUAAUUGACGAAGCAGUCUCCAAGGGAAAAGGAACAAACGCAAUGAUCAACUAUGUGCAUUAUUAUCUCGAACACUACUGACUUGGAGAACAGCAUGCUCAUCUUCAUGCCGACAACUGCGCCGGCCAAACCAAAAAUGAUUUUUUCCUUUGCUACCUGGCUUACAGAAUUUUGUUGGAACUUCACCACUCAAUUACAUACUCAUUUCU